CCUCCUUUUUCCUCCUUUGCCCUCCUUUUCCCUCCUUUUUCCUGCUGUUUUUAACUCCGGCAGAGCAAACAAACCCCCAGGUCACCCUCCAGGCUCCAAAAUCCGAGGGCAAAAAGGGCAGAAAUGAGAAAAACAACGACAACAAUUUAAAAAACCACCUUUUUUUCUCCUCAGUGAAGAAAUAAGUGGGAAAAAAGAGCAAAAAAGGGCAUUUUUGGCAGCCAGCAAAUGAUUCAUAACGACCCCUCCGACCCCAAGAAGGUUCCACGACCUCCCUGUCGGAUCCCGAGGAGCUUAAAAAGGCCGGGAAGGAGAAGGAAUUCAGGGAGAAGGAGCUGGAAAAGGAGGAAAAGCAGGAGGGGAAGGAAAGGAGGACAAUCCGAUGGUGCGGUGGUUGUUUCUGGCUGGGCUGGUGCUCGCCCUGCUCCUCCCACCGGGAAUCCGGGCAGCUCCCGAGGGGCUGGAUGGCCCAUCCAGCCGGAAUUCCGACAGAUCCCGGAGCUCCCAAAGCUUCCCAUCCGAUGCCAAGAGACACUCGGAGGGGACCUUCAGCAGCGACUUCACGCGGUUCCUGGACAGGAUGAAAGCCAAGGAAUUCGUCCACUGGCUCAUCCAGGGCAGGAGGAUUCCUUGAUUUUGGAGCCAGGCUGGGAGAGCUGGGGGUGUU